AUGUCUUUUCCUAAGGCGCCUCUAAAACGAUUCAAUGACCCUUCCGGUUGUACACCUUCUCCGGGUGCUUAUGAUGUUAAAACCUCAGAAGUAUUAAAAGGACCAGUAUCCUUUCAGAAAUCACAAAGAUUUAAAAAACAAAAAGAAUCUCAACAAAAUCUUAAUGUUGAUAAAGAUACUACCUUGCCUGCUUCAGCUAGAAAAGCUAAAACUUUGGGAUUAAAGAAAGAAUCUCAAAAGAAUGAUAAAGAUUUGAAGAUAUUAGAAAAAGAGAUUCGUGUUCUUGUGCAGGAACGUGGUGCUCAGGACAGGCGAAUCCAGGAUCUGGAAUCUGAGUUAGAGAAGGUGGAAGCAAAGCUAAGUGCUGUAGUCAGGGAAAAAACAUCUCUCUCUGCAAAUAAUGCUUCGCUGGAAAAACAGCUUAUUGAAUUGACCAGGACUAAUGAAUUGCUAAAAUCUAAGUUUUCUGAAGAUGGUAACCAGAAAAAUAUGAAAAUUCUAAGCAUGGAGCUGAUGAAACUUAGCAACAAAAGAGAAACAAAGAUGAGGAGUAUGAUGGCUAAACAAGAAGGCAUGGAGAUGAAGCUGCAAGUCACCCAGAGGAAUCUUGAAGAGUCUCAGGGAAAAACAGCACAACUUGAAGGGAAACUUGUUUCAAUAGAGAAAGAAAAGAUUGAUGAAAAAUCUGAAACAGAAAAACUCUUAGAAUACAUCGAAGAAAUUAGCUGUGCAUCAGAUCAAGUGGAAAAAUAUAAGCUGGAUGUUGCCCAGUUAGAAGGAAAUUUGAAAGAGAAGAAUCAUGAAAUAUUAAGCCUUAAGAAGUCUCUUGAGGAAAAUGUUAUGUUGUCUAAACAAGUAGAAGACCUGAAUGUUAAAUGUCAACUGCUUCAAAGAGAAAAAGAAGACCUCAUCACCAGGAAUAGAGAACAGGAUGAAAAUCUAAAUGCCAAGAUGCAAAACUUAAAAGAGAAGUUUAUUCUUGAAAAACAAGAACAUGAAAAGCUACAACAAAAAGAGUUGCAAAUUGAUUCACUUCUGCAACAAGAGAAGGAGUUAUCUUCCAGUCUUCAGCAGAAGCUAUGCUCUUUCCAAGAGGAAAUGAUUAAAGAGAGGAAUUUCUUUGAGGAAGAAUUAAAGCAAGCACUGGAUGAGCUAGAUAAAUUACAGCAAAAGGAGGAGCAAGCUAAAAGUCUGGUCAAGCAAUUGGAAGAGGAAACAAAAUCUAGAGCUGAAGAACUAAAACUCCUAGAAGAGAAGCUGAAAGGGAAAGAAGCUGAACUGGAGAAAAGUAAUGCUGCUCACACUCAGGCCACCCUGCUUUUGCAAGAGAGGUAUAAUAAUACAGCACAAAACCUUGGAGAUGUUACUGCCCAAUUUGAAAGCUUUAAAGCAUUGACAGCUAGUGAGAUAGAAGUCCUUAAGCUGGAGAACUCAUCACUACAGGAAAAAGUGGCAAAGGCUGAAAAAUGUGCAGAGGAUGUUCAACAUCAGGUGUUGGCAACUGAGAGCACAAAUCAAGAAUAUGCAAGGAUGCUUCUAGAUCUGCAGACCAUGUCAGCACUUAAAGAAGCAGAAAUUAAAGAAAUCACAGUUUCUUCUCUUAAAAAAAUAACUGAUUUGCAGAACCAACUCAAGCAACAAGAUGAAGACUUUAGGAAACAAUUGGAAGAGGAGGAAGCAAGAAAAGCUGGAAAAGAGAAUACAAUGGCAGAAUUAACUGAGGAAAUUAAUAAGUGGCGUCUCCUUUAUGAAGAACUGUAUAAUAAAACAAAACCUUUUCAGCUACAACUGGAUGCAUUUGAAGCAGAGAAACAGGCAUUGUUGAAUGAACAUGGUGCAGCUCAGGAACAGCUCAAUAAAAUAAGAGAUUCAUAUGCUAAAUUAUUGGGUCAUCAGAAUCUAAAGCAAAAAAUCAAGCAUGUUGUGAAAUUGAAAGAUGAAAAUAGCCAACUCAAAUUGGAAGUGUCAAAACUCCGCUGUCAGCUUGCUAAAAGAAAACAAAGUGAGGCAAAACUUCAGGAGGAAUUGAAUAAAGUUCUGGGUAUCAGACACUUUGAUCCUUCAAAAGCUUUUCAUCAUGAAAGUAAAGAGAAUUUUGCCCUGAAAACCCCAUUAAAAGAAGGCAAUACAAACUGCUGCUGAGCUCUUAUGGAGUGUCAAGAAUCUUGCCAGUAA